ACCAUUUCCUUGGGUCAGAGAGCCGAAAGUCAGAGGGGAAGAGUGAGAGAUAGAUACAGUUACCUGCCUCGGGGAAACAUACAUACGCCGGUGUUGCGUGCGGAUUGGUGGAUAUCAGAUGACGAGAAAUUCAGUGCCAAUUUGGCAAGUUUGGGGCCUUAACGCGUCGAAAUCGUCAGAGCCGUUGCCGUACGUGCAUCGGAAUUUGCUGACGGCGAUGCAUUUGGAAACGUGUCACAAUGUCGCGGUGAGCGAUAGGCGGUAAGAAAGAGAGAAUCACUUUCAAAGACCGCGUUACGAGAGCAAGUUAUGCGCUAGUAAGUGCCAAGGCUCGAAGCUUCUUGUGUAUCACCUAGAAGACAGUGCACCGCCAACAUGAGACAUCCGGCUUCGCUGAAGGAGCUCGUAUCCGAUAGUACGAUAUUUUUGACCGGUGCGACCGGGUUCGUUGGCGGCGUUUUGCUGGAGCGUAUCCUGACCGCCGCAUCGCCGCCGAGGAGGGUCUGCCUCCUGGUGAGGAGUCGGCGUGGAACCGACCCUCGGGAUCGUGUCAAGGACAUUUUUUCAUCGCAGUUGUUCUCAGAUGUUCAGCCCAGCAGAUUGGAUUUGGUGCAAGUGAUGGAAGGUGACGUGGGUGAAGAGGGACUCGGACUUUCCGAAACUGAUCGAAAACUUCUGGUGUCCGAGUGCACCUUGGUUUUCCACGCGGCGGCUUUCAUCUCAUUUGCAGCACGCCUGGACUUGGCAAUCAGAAUUAAUCUCGAGGGUACCAGGCAAGUCCUGAACCUGGCCAAAGAAAUGGCCAACUGCAAAGUCAUGGUGUACGUUUCGACUGCCUAUGCCAACUGCACCGUCAGGCACGCUGUUGUGGAAGAAAAGUUAUAUCCGACUCCGUGCGACCCGAUAAAGUUUUUGGAAAUGGUGAAAAAUCUAUCCGCUGAAGAGGUGCAGCAAAAAACCGCUGAACUGAUAGGGGGUCAUCCCAAUACUUACACUUUCACGAAACAAAUGGCUGAAGCCCUACUGGCAAAAGAACGUGGUCAUUUGGCGCUGAGUAUAGUGAGACCCAGCAUCGUCCUGAAUACUUGGAAGAUACCGAAGAGAGGCUGGGUGGAUAACGUGAACAACGGGGCCUGCGGAUUUAUAGCGGGAGUCAACAAGGGCAUAUUUCGCACAGUUCCGUCACGACCGGAUGGUAUCACCGAUGUCAUUCCCGCCGAUAUGGUCGUCUCUGUGAUUCUGGCUUCCGCACUUCAAGCGGUCCGUGAUCCAGAGACUCUGCAUAUUUAUCACUGCACUUCCGGGACUGAGAAUCCCGUGACUUGGGGAAGAUACUGCAACGCGGUUGUCAAGGCAGCCCAGGAUCACCCUUGCAAAAGGGUGCUCUGGUACCCCGAAGCCAAAACAAGACUGAGCGGAUUCAGGAACUUCAUUGUUAUCUGGGUCUUCCAAAUAAUUCCUGCCUUAUUCGUGGACACUUUUCUACUCCGCGGGCUGAAACCUACGCUAUAUGAAUUGCAGCGAAAGUAUGCCAGAGGCUGCAAAUACACGGCGUACUUUACGAUAAGGGAAUGGCCCUUCGAUACCGCAAAGGUAUCGGCGCUCGCCUCGAUAUUGCCCGAAGAGGAACGAAGGGCAUAUCCCUUCGACCCUAAACUAAUUAACUGGGAUGAUUAUCUUGAGGGAUGUGUCAUUGGGAUGAGGCAGUAUUUCCAUCGGGAACCGCAAAACACGACGGAAAGGGCGCGUCGUGAAAUGCAUAGGUUGCGGAUAAUCGCUGCCGUCACUCCGUUUCUAAGUUUUUUCCUUCUUUGGGGAAUUACUUCACUUUUUGUAUGUUCUUCUUGGGUAGCUGCGUUCGUUGCUGGCUGUAUCGUGCUUUUUUUGAUUUGGGUUUAAUAAUGCUUGGUACACGUCCUUUUGGAGGAAGUUCUGUCAGCGCUAUGGACGAUAGUUCUUCGGAGAAAGAUUUUUUUGA